AUCCAAAUUUCAAAAUUGUAUUCAUCUGAAUUAAAAAACUAACAAUUUGUUACAUGUUUAAAAAUGUUCCUGGGUGACAUUCUGACAAUAAAACUACAUUUGUGUGCAAAUAUUGGGUUCUUCAUUUAAGUGCAUUUAAUUUACACAUGCGAUUAAUCACAUGUGAUUAAUCAUAAUUAAUCCAAACUUCAAAAUUGUAUUAAUCUGAUCCAAAAAAUAAUUCGAUACAUAUUUUAAAAUGUUCCUGGAUGACAUUCUGACAAAACUCCAUUUGUGCACAAAUAUUGGGUUCUUUAUUUAAGUGCGUUUUAUUUACACACACGAUUAAUCACCUCUACUACGCUACUGUAUUGUAACGUUGGUCGUCAUGGUGAUACUUCAAGAGCCAAGUGUUCAGUGGGAAAAAGUUUGUAGAUAUUACACUAAUAUUGUGAAAUCAAUGACAUUUACUAUUUAUGUAACAGCAACAGUGUUACGUGGAGUUACGUUUCAUCCGGAAAUUAAUUAAUCACAGGAAUGUGUUUUUAUGAAUAAACUUGAGUUUUUUGUUUUUUUUACAGGAAAAACAUCAAACCGAGCUCAUGUGUUUCAUAUUUUGAAUGGAAUGGUCCUCCGCCGUCACUUGCAAUGACCGUUGUCCAGGCGAGCGUCCUGAUUGGCCGACAUGUGUCAAAAAGGCCAAACGUAGAGCCGCCAUUGGCUGACAGCUGUCGAGGAGGCGGGAUCACUCCAGCGGCGACUGUCAAGAUUGGCGAAGGACUCCUCGGCGCAGGUAAAAAAAAAAAAAAAAAAGAGCCAGCGACGUCUAAAAAGCAAAAAGAUUUAUCCUCGAAAAAGAAAAAGCCAACAGUGGGAUGGGAACCGGCCGAUGUUUUCGCGCGGAAGAAGAAACACAAACGCGAGGUCUUUGAGUUUGUGGGAGAGGAAAGAGGAAGAAAGUGUGGAGCACGUUUUGCCAGCAAGUUGGACAGCUGCGUGCUCAUCAACAAAGAAUGAAAGCGUUCAAGCGAACUCUGGAAGAAGAGCGCCACGCGGAGCAGGAGCACUCCUCCGCCAUGUCGGACAGCGACGACGGCUCCCCGCUCGACCUGUCAGGAAGCGGACUCUUCGGGAAGCGGCGCCGCCGCGGCAACCUGCCCAAGGAGGCGGUGCAGAUCCUCAGGAGCUGGCUGUACGAGCACCGCUUCAAUGCCUACCCUUCAGAGCAGGAGAAACUGAGUCUGUCCGGCCAGACCAACCUCUCUGUGCUGCAGAUCUGUAACUGGUUUAUUAACGCACGCCGACGCCUCCUCCCGGACCUGCUCCGAAAAGACGGCCAAGACCCGACCAAGUUCACAAUAUCCCGCAAGUUGAACGGCAAGGGUGACGGCCACUCCUCCACAGCAGGGGGCAGCAGUUCACCCGAGCGCCUCUCCUCCCAGCAGCGGCCGUCUGUCAUCCGCUCCGCUCCCACUUUGGACCUCAGCGUCCUGGGCAACACCGCCACGGCCAUCCUGACGGGAGCGGCCUACCCCGGCAUGGAAGGCCCAGUUCAGGCGCUGAUGCGGCUGCACACGCAAAGUCUGCUAAGGGAGGCCGAGGACCAGGGCGCCAACACGUCCGUCAGCCCCGGCGGCGGCUUCUUCAACACGCCUCCCCCCACCCCGCCAGAGCUCCUACCCGCCCAGGACUUCAGUGAUCUCAGGCUUCUGGUGGAUGCAGCUCUACAGAGGGCAGCUGAGCAGGAGAACCUGCAGAGGGUCCAGGAGAGCCAGGUUCUCCAAGAGACGGUGACGGUAGAGGCGCGAAGUGACCUGGGCCCCACGCCACCGCCCGAGGACAGCCAGCAGGUCUUAGAUCCGUGCAGAGUGCAGAGUCUGAUGGAGAAAGCUAUGACCGUACCAGCUGCUCCAUUGUCUGGAACAGCACCAGUCUUGGUCUCUGCUCCCAGGCUGUCCCCCCUGCCCGUGACCAAAGUCAUCUGGAGUCCAUUAGAGAAGGACAAUGUCCAAGCCUCCAGCCCAAAGCAGCUCAUCCCAGCCCACGUGCCCACCUUGGUCGCCGUGUCGGCCUCCAUGUUUGGUCCGCUCUCUUCGGAAAAUCAUGCAGCUUCAGAUUCAAGUCCAGGGUCCAUAACUCCAAGUUCUACCUCCACGAGCCAGGCCUCGUCACCAGCGCCCACCAUCCCUUCCUUCAGCGCCCCAAGAACUGUCCCUCUUUACCUGCCCUUCCACAAGUCUCAGUUGUUUCCAGUCGCCUUCCCGUCGCCCGGGUCUCCUCCCCCGGUCUCUACCUCCGGCCAAGCUUUGAAGUCUUCCUCCAUGUCCACAGUCCUGCCCUGCCUCGGCCUGUCCCCCCGCUUCCCCCCCGCGGGCGGCGGUGGCGCACAGAGGCCCAGCGUUUGGAACAUGGUCCACGGCGACAGCAGGCAGCCCGCCCCCCUGCAGGUGGUCCAGCCCCCCCUCGCCGGCGCCGUGUGGGGUCCGCAGCACACCGCCUGCACGCAGUGAGGACUUUUUUUGUGAAAAGCCCAGAAUGUAUCUCCAGCGCUCCUUGUGAGAAGAACGCAUGUGCCUGCCAAGCAGAAGGUUUUAGGUUUCCAAAUGUUUUGCUCCGUUUUAGUCGGCUGGUUUUCGUUUCGAGCAUUAGCGCCGGAAAUCAAGCAGCCGCAGAUUCAUGGACUGAGAACAUUCCAGAUGAAUUGUCCUGGACCACUUUUACGUCUUCUUUGGGUGUCAUAGUUUGCAUCUUCAGAAGCAACCUUCUAGUUUUUAUUACAACCGAGUCCUCUUUCUACCGUUCCAGUCUUUGCUGAUCUGGGAAGGGUUCUUGUUGUUGAUCAGCUGAUAUGAAAUGUAGCCAGCAGGGCCCAAAGGAGGUCUCCUUGGACCCGUCACUCAAGUCUGAACUUGUUUCCAGCCUACAGAGGAGGGGGGGUGCCCAAAUGUGUUGCCUUCAAGGGCCAAAGUGAAAAUGUGAAAUUUAAGUCGGGCCGCACCAGUAGUGAAACGUGUAGACCACAGGUCAAACCUCAUCCUUUUAUACGUCUUUUUUUACUUAUGUACGUUUUGACAUUAACAAAUAUACCUUUUAAACUUUAUUAUUAUCCAAUAUUGCAGAGAAAACAUGUUUUAUUAUCAUAUUUCCCAACAAUUUUUUACUUAAAAUAAAAAUACUUCAAUAUCUGCUGGACUUUGGAUUUCAAAGCACGUUAUCCAACAAAUUGUAAAAAUGACAAUAGAGUUUACAGUAAAAUAUACAGUUUCGUACAGCACAUUACUGUAAAUUGAAAAACUACCAUGUAUUUGUUUUUUCAAUGGUAAAAUUCUCUCAAAGGAGCUGCCAGUUUUUUAUCGUAAAAUCUACAAUUGUUUCUACAGCGUGUUACGGUAAAAAACUGGCAGUUCAGUUGUCAUCAUUUCAACAAAAACGGUAAUAUACAGUUUUAUGUUGGAAAAACCACCGUAAAAUUUACAGUCAAAUUCUGGCGACUAAGCCGCUAGGUUUUUAUUGUAAAAACUACGGCUGUUUUUACAGUGUAUUACUGUAAAUGAAAAAACAAUCAUAUACAGUAAUGUUAAAACCACCAUAUAAUUUACAGUAAAAUUCUGGCAACUAAGCUGCCAGAUUUUAUUGUAAAAUAUGUUACAUUGUUUUAUGGUAAAAACUGGCAGCUCAGUUGCCGUAAUUUAAAGAAACUGUUGUUUAUUUUCAAUUUAUGGUGAUAUGUUGUCUGGCAACCAGGUUUGUAUCGUAAAAUCCACAGUUUUUACAGUGUAUUAUUGUAAAUUAAAAAUAGUACCACAUUUUUUUCUGACAAAAAACUGGCAGCUCAGUUUUUUAAAAAGGAUGUAUAUUUUUCCCAAUUCAUUGUAAUAAGUUGUAAAAACUAGCGUAAAAUUCUGGCGACGAAGCUGCAGGUUUCUAUUGUAAAAUCUACAGUUUUUACGUUUUAUUACUGUAAAUGGAGAAACGGUACCACAUUUUUUUACGGUAAAAAGCUGGCAGCUAAGUUGCCAUAAUUUUAAAAAUGGUAAUAUACAGUAAUAUGUUGUUAAAACCACCGUAUAAUUUACAGUGAGAUUCUGGCGACUAAGCUACUAGUUUUUAUUGCAAAAUCUAUGGUUGUUUUUAUGGUGUAUUACAGUAAAUGGAAAAACAGUACCACAUAUUUUUACGCUAAGAAACUGGCAGCUGAGGUGCCAUAAUUUAAAAAUCAGUAAUAUGUUGUUAAAACCACCGUAUAAUUUAUAAUAAAAUUCUAGCGACUAAGCUGCCAGUUUUUAUUGUAAAAUACAUUACAUUGUUUUACAGUAAAAACUGGCAGCUCAGUUACCAUAAUUUGAAGAAACUGUUGUUAGUUUUUUCAAUUUACGGUAAUGUUGUCUGGCAACUAAGCUGCCAGGUUUUUAUCGUAAAAUCUACCGUUUUUACAGUGUAUUACUGUAAAUGAAAAAUAGUACCACAUUUUUUUCUGAGAAAAAAACUGGCAGCUCAGUUUUUUUU